AUGGGGGAGCAGCGGCUGGCGUCCUGGAGGCGUAGCCGGAAGUCGAUCUGCGGCGCUUGGAGCUGCAGCUGCGCGUCGGCGGGGUCUUGCCACUGCGGCUUCCCUUGGCCUCGCCCGCUGGCGCCCCGGCCUCAGGGUCUCCAUGGCAGCCGCAGCCAUUGCAGCUACCGGCGUCUCAUCAACAACUUCGAGGAGAUCCUGAGGCGGCGGCUGCGGGGUCGCCUCAGUUCUGCAUGGUUGUCCCCGUCCCUCAAGAACGGAGUAUUAGCCUCCACUCAAAGAAAAUUAUCAGCAGCAACUGAGGCUCUUCUAUCUCAAAAGCACAAGCAGAAAAUGAAAGGGGAUACCGUGAAUGUGCGCCGCAGUGUCCGAGUAAAAACCAAAGUCCCCUGGAUGCCCCCAGGCAAAACAUCCAUCAGAGAAUCAUCUUACAAGUGGGAGGGGCCAACUCAUCGCCUGGAAAUCACUCCUCCAGAUUCAGAAAAGUUACUGUCAGUGCUCCGCUUGAGCGACCUUUCUACAGACGAGGAAGACACCAUUCACUGCAAGAUGAACAAAUAUGAGAAGAAAAUAGACAGCUUGCUGAAUGUGGUGGGCACGUUAAAAAAUGAGAAACAGAAAAUAGAUGAAGCUGAAAUGAAUAAGUGUUCGCAGGUUAAAAUACCAAAGCGGGAAGAGUCGCGAUGUGUGGCCAAGCGUCUGCUCGAAGAGCAGAAGGAAGAGCUGGACGAAGUCACUCAGGAACUGGUGGAGACAGAACACGAGAACACUAUUCUUCGGCGCAAUAUCGAACGCAUGAAAGAGGAGAAAGAUCUUUCCGUACUGCAGAAGCGGCAUUUGCAACAUGAGAAAGAAUGUCUGAUGACCAAGCUAGUGGAGGCAGAGAUGGAUGGAGCGGCGGCAGCGAAGCAGAUUCAAGCCCUGAAGGAUACGAUCGGCAAGCUGAAAACUGAGAAGCACAUGACUGUUUCUGACAUCAACACCCUUACUAGACAAAAAGAACUGUUGAUGCAGAAAUUGAAUACUUUUGAAGAAACCAACCGGACACUCAGAGAUCUGCUUAGGGAGCAACACGGCCGGGAGAAAGACGCUCAGAAGUUGGUGGAACAACAAGCACUGCUGAUGAAGAGGUUGACUGAUUCUGACGCAGAGAAAGCGCAAUUAUUAAAGAAACUGCAGGAGAAAGAAAAGGAAGUAGAGGAUCUAUUGGUUCAGAUACAGACAGAAAAGGAUCAAUCAAAGACAGCAUCUGAACUCUCCAAAUCUAUGGAAGCUGUGAGGGGCCAUUUGCAGGCUCAGUUGCGCAACAAAGAAGCUGAGAACAACCGCUUGAACAUCCAGAUCAAGAAUCUGGAGCGUGCUGGGUCUCAGCAUAAGGCAGAGGUGGAGCAUAUCAUGGAACAGCUGAAGGAGCUGAGGGACAAAGGGGAGAGAGAUAAAGAGACACUGAAGAAAGCUAUCCGUGCCCAGAAAGAGCGAGCAGAGAGGAGCGAAGAAUACGCAGAACAGCUGAACGCCCAGCUAGCAGAAAAGGACAACUAUGUAACAGAGGCGCUGUCUACCCUGGAAUCUUGGAGAAGCCGCUACAACCAAGCGGUCAAAGAGAAAAGCGAUCUGGAGCUGGAGAUAGUCAUGUUGAACAGCCGAAUUACAGACCUUCUCGAACAGCAGAACACUGUAGAAGACAAGAUGCGGGAAGACAGAGAUGCUUUGGUGGACAAGCUGCACCGGCAGGUCACAGAGAGCACCUCUUUCAAACUGGAGAAUGAGAGGCUGAAGAAUAGCAUGAUCCCUCUUGAGGAGAAGUUGAACAAAGCUCAGAUGGAAGUGGCACAGCUCAAAGCAUCACUCAAGAACUACGAAGGGCUGAUUGAAACCUACAAGAAUCAGGUAUUGAAAACCCGAAUGGAAGCUGAUGAGGUGACGGUGAAACUAGAGCUCUGUGACAAAGAGAACAAAACACUUAAAGAAGAAAUGAGCAAAGAGAUUGAAAAUGCUCGUAAGCAGUUCCAGAGCCAAGUUGCCGAGCUGGAAAAGCUUCCCGAGAUUCUGAAACUCACGGAGACCAAACUGGCGGAGUGUCAGGAUCAGCUCAAGAGUUAUGAGAAAAAGAACAUGGACCUGUCCGCCAUGAUUACAGAUCUCCGUCAGAGGAUUGAACUCCAAGGAGACAAAAUGGAGAUGACAAGAGAGAAGUAUCAGUCGGCCCAGGAGGAGAACAAGCGCCUGACCCUCAAGCUAGAAGAAUUGGAAAGGAAACUCGAAGCGACAGGUGCUCAGAACAUAGAAUUCCUCCAGGUCAUAGCCAAAAGGGAGGAGUCCAUCCAUCAGUCCCAGCUGCGAUUAGAGGAGAAAACUCGGGAGAGUGGCUCCUUGGCACGCCAACUGGAGAUGGCCAUUGAUGAUGCCAAGAGGCAGCUGGAACAAACAAAGGACCGAGCAGCGUCAAGAGAGAGAUCGGCCCAGUCCAAGAUGCUGGAUUUGGAGACCCAGCUGAGCAGGACAAAGACAGAGCUGAAUCAGCUGCGCAGGGGCAAAGAUGAUGCAGAGCGUCGAUACGAAAGCCGCCUCCAGGACCUGAAGGACCGCUUGGAACAGUCAGAGAGCACCAAUCGCAGCAUGCACAACUACGUCCAGUUCCUCAAGUCCUCUUAUGCCAAUGUCUUUGGUGACAGUGCCUUGACAAGCUCCCCUAUCCGUUCCCAAUCUCCCCUCUGAUAAGAACCCCCUCCUCACUACAGCAGUACCUUGUUGCUACAAGCCCAAGUACAGAAGCCAAGAUCUAUUUAAAGCCAUAUCCUGUUUUAAAAAAUGAAGAAGUAUUUUUGGAGUCCGUGUAGCUCGGGGCCUUUCUUGGGUUACUUGAGUGAGACACGCUUCUUAUACUGAGGCCAGAAGGCAUAAUGGGAUGAGAGCAUCAAGGACUGUGUUGCUUCGUAAGCCAUAUGAAAACUGGCAAGUGUGGGGGACAUUUACACUCCCCCCACCACCAUAUUCUAGUGCCUUAUGUUGAUUACUUCUCUUACCAAGUAACUUGGGGGAUUUUAAUAAUCUUGUAUAUUCGCUGAUGUUUUGUGAAUGCUUUGGUCACGAUUCCUUAAACUUCCAAAAUCACGUUUAACUGGAUGCAGAACAGGUGGGAUGUGUAUAAUAAGCCGUCUGCACAACUGUGAAUCCAAGUCUCAAGGCUGUGUGUUUGAGCGCCAUGCUUUGGGGCAGACUGGGGAAGGGCACAGGCCAUUUUCUUGCCUUCUCCGGCAUUCUUCCAGUUAUUCCAGUGGGAGAGUUGUCAGUUCAAAUUGUGUAGCUGUUACCCAUUGCAGGGAAGAAGUAUUUGCAGAGAAUAUCACUUUUAAGGAGAAGCAUUUGACUGGUUGGCCUGUCCUUACUAAUCUCUGUAUUACUGACCCUCUUGGGAUCCAUUUUACAGAUCCACACCAUUUUCGUCACUCCCUAGUCUUUUAUGAGUAAGUUUGUGAAGAGCAAUAAGAGUUUUUGUUACAUAUUGUCAAAUUUUGUUUACACUUCAUAUACAUGUGUUUGGGUGUGGAUGGGUGUGUGAUCUUGCAAAUAUUGUGGGUAAGCCCUCUUGCUACUUCAAGUGCCUGGCAUGUUGAUUCCUAUCAUAGAGCCUGCUGAGUGCAGGCUGCUUCUCUUCCAAAGCAGUGCAUGGGUUGCUUUAACACUCUCCUGCAUUUUCUGUUUUUGCAAAACAAGGGCCCUUUUCACAGUGGUUACCUGCUGUCACAACGACACAAAAUAUCGCACAAAAAAAGGAGAACAUCACGUUUUCUCGUGCGAUGUUUUUGCGAUGGCCACGGGUUUUGCGCGAUAUUUCGCGUCGUUACGGCAGCAGGUAAGCGCUGUGAAAAGGGCCAUGGUCGCUUAUGGAAAACAUAGAAUAACUUUCUUUUCCACCGUAUUUAUGUUCCAUCAACCUCUGUCCCUAAAUAAAUGGUUUUACGAUUGGCAGUAGAGGAAAAUCAUCCAAAUGUUUAGCUUGUUUGUAUUUUUAAUGAAAAAAUGAGUGAUGAAAUUUGAGUGAAUUUUUAACUGUUUCAGAGUUAAUGUGACUUUUUAAAAAAAAGAAAUGGAAACUGGUGCUAUAAUAAACCUUUGAGAUAUA